UUCAUACGUCAUUGACAUGUCAACACGACUUUCGUUAUCACUGAUAGGACAACAGUUUCGGCCGCGCCGCUCUCUGAACACCCGUGUACUUUCUCUUGCCACCAUGGAACCGAAAAUUAGCCUCAAAGAUGACCCGGCGUAUCAGACUCUACAAAGUUUCUACUGUUUGAACCAUGAUAAAAUUAAUAUUCAACAACUAUUCCAACAGGACCCACAGCGGUUUGAAAAAUUCAGUCUCCGCCUGCCCACACCCAACGAUGGUGAGAUCCUGCUUGACUACUCUAAGAACCGAGUGGACAACGCUGUCAUGGCGCUCCUCCUGAACCUGGCCCGCACCCGCGGCGUGGAGAAGGCUCGAGAUGCUAUGUUUGCAGGCGAAAAGAUCAACUUCACCGAAAACCGUGCAGUACUUCACAUCGCCCUUCGUAACCGCAAGAACAGGCAAAUCUUAGUAGACGGAGCCGAUGUCACGCCAGACGUCAACGCAGUUUUGGCGCAUAUGAAGGAGUUCUCUGGACAAGUGAUCAGUGGGCAGUGGAAGGGGUACACCGGCAAAGCGAUCACCGACGUGGUCAACAUUGGCAUCGGCGGCUCAGACCUCGGCCCUUUGAUGGUCACCGAAGCCCUGAAGCCCUACGCCAACCAUCUUAAGGUCCACUUCGUAUCCAACAUCGACGGCACCCACCUGGCCGAGGUGCUGAAGCGCCUCGACCCCGAAACGGCGCUCUUCAUCGUUGCCUCCAAGACCUUCACCACGCAGGAGACCAUCACCAACGCCACCUCCGCUAAGAACUGGUUCCUUGAAGCUGCCAAGGAUCCGUCAGCAGUGGCGAAGCACUUCGUGGCUCUGUCCACGAACGGCGAGAAAGUCACCGCCUUCGGCAUCGACCCUAAGAACAUGUUCGGAUUCUGGGACUGGGUCGGCGGCAGGUACUCACUGUGGUCCGCGAUCGGCCUGUCCAUCUCGCUGUACGUCGGCUACGACAACUUCGAGCAGCUACUAGACGGGGCGAGCUACAUGGACGACCAUUUCACUACCGCGCCGUUGGAUAAGAACGCGCCCGUGAUUCUGGCGCUGCUGGGUAUUUGGUACAGCAACUUCCACGGCGCCGAGACUCACGCCCUCCUGCCCUACGACCAGUAUUUACAUAGAUUCGCUGCCUACUUCCAACAAGGCGACAUGGAGAGCAACGGAAAAUACGUAACUCGGAGCGGACAACAAGUCAACUACUCCACCGGCCCCAUCGUGUGGGGAGAACCGGGGACAAAUGGGCAGCACGCGUUCUACCAGCUCAUACACCAGGGCACUAGGUUGAUCCCGUGUGAUUUCAUCGCCCCAGCGCAGACCCACAACCCGAUCGCCGGCGGGCAGCAUCAUAAGAUCUUGCUGGCAAACUUCUUGGCCCAAACCGAGGCGCUCAUGAAGGGCAAAACAGCGGAAGAGGCUAAGGCAGAGUUAGAGAAGUCCGGGAUGGCUCCAGAAGCGGUGGCCAAGAUCUUACCCCACAAAGUGUUCAAGGGUAACCGCCCCACCAACUCCAUCGUUGUGAAGAAAGUCACGCCCUUCGUUCUCGGAGCUCUCAUUGCGAUGUAUGAACACAAGAUCUUCACCCAAGGCGUGAUCUGGGACAUCAACUCGUUCGACCAGUGGGGCGUGGAGCUCGGCAAGCAGCUGGCCAAGGCCAUCGAGCCUGAACUCGCGGACUCCAAGCCCGUCACGUCACAUGACGCCUCCACCAACGGGCUCAUCAACUUCUUGAAGCAGAACUUCGCUUAGAUGUAUUUGGCUGAAUCAACCUUUUUUUGUCAGCAAAAUUUAACCUCCUUUGACUAAAACUGAUUUAAAAAAUAGGAUUUUAUGUAAUUAUUUAUUUCUUAUUAUAUAAAAACAGAUAAACAAGCUACGUAAUGCAAUAUUUUUUAUCAUGAUUUGAUAACUUGUUUAAGAGUGACCCAGGGGACAAAGCUGUCCCACACUUUUGUAUGAAAAUAAGGGUUUGUCCACUGGGUGACCCAAUGUUUUUAAUGAUCAUUUGCGGUAUUUUUAUUUCUGCCGGAUCUUGUAUAUAUAUUAAGUAUGUUUUUUUCAUUUUGACCAUGUUGAAACGUACAAAGGUUGAACUAAUAAUGAUUAAGGGCAAUUCUUGCGAAAGACAAGAAAAAGUUGAUUCGCUCAUUUUACUAAUUUAGUACGAAUUGUACCAUAUCGAGCCAGACAAAUUUUAAGUUCGAAAUUGAGGGUAGCUUGAAAUUGGGGAUUAGAAAGAUUAAAAAAAUUAACAGUUUUAAAAAAUACGAAGAAAUACAACAUUUAUUUUAUGAUAUCAAAGGCUAAUGAACAGACGAAACGCCUGAUGGUAAGCAAUCACCGUUGCCUAUGGACACCUUUUCGGCUCUUAAAAUUUAGUUUAAAGCAAUAGUUACUCUUAAUAAUCCUAAAUAUCAGUGUAACGGGAUCCGGAAUAUUGUUUUCUUACUUGAUAUUCUUUUCAGCAGGUGGCGCUGGCGAGUAAAAUUAUUGUAUGGAUCAUGCGCUCGUUAAAAAAUAUUUACACAGUACAAUUUAUUGACACUAAUCAAUAUAAAAAAAUAUUAAUAUAUUCUAGCUAAUUUUUACCGAGCGUUUCUAAUGUUGCCUAAAAUAGUUCCAUUUUCGGGGUCUACGAAAUUGUGUGUUUUUAAAGAACCGCAAUUUAAAAAAAAAAUAAGAAAAAUUGUGCAGCUUAUGUAACGUUUAUGGUAAUACUCGCUAUGGAAUAAAUAUGUACUUAUAGCUUGUUUAUGGUACAAGCAGCAAUUAUAGUUAUUAUCUAUGCAUUCUCGUUUAAGAAUAGGUGUUGCAUUCAAUAUUUUGCACUUACUGCCAUUUUGCUUUUCCCAAAAAAAACCUAAAUAUAUUUUUGUUUUGAAGCUUUAUUUAUUUUUGUGAAUGUCUUUACUAUACUGAAUAUAUUUUUCUGUUUCUUUUAUCGCUUCAAUGAAGUAUUACGUAGUUGCUAUUAUGUUAAGUAUAGCUAUUGUGUGUAUGACACUUUAUAUCAGAUCUAAAUAUAUUUUAUUGUACGAGAUAUGUAGAAUGUCGCUUAGAUUGAUGUAUGUUGAUAUUUAUAUUAAUAAAUCACUGUUUAAGAUUUU